AAUAAGCUUAAUAAAUCUAAUCUUAUUAAAACUAUACAUUAGGUUGUCUUGUUAUAUGCAUUAUAAUUUUUAAAAACAUUUCAGAUAAAUUGUCAAACAAUUGGAUAUAAUAUUUAUCCACAAUAUCCCAGUAUAUGUGCAUUCAUGCGGGGUGCAGUUUUUAUGAUACAUAGAUUUUAAUCCCACACAUGUACCUGUUUUUGUUAAUAAAGCAUUAAGAACAACUGUUUAGUGUACAGGGUUGUCAACCCCCCUAACAGCUGCAGCACCUGUGGUCGCUCCCAGUUAUCAUGUAGCCAGCAUUCUUACAGGUAACAAUUGCUCCUACCAGUCUUCAGUACCUAAGAUUCUAGGAAAUCUUGGCCCAGGAAAUCUGGGUGAAAUCCAGAGCUCUGGAGAGUCCAAAGACCUGUCUAACAGAGCAGGUGCUUGCAAACAAACUUGAAGAGUUAUAUAUACUAGGGAACUCUAGAAGUGGUUACCUCGAAAACUCGGAGCAAUUUAGGAAACCCCAGAAACUCAGAACCUGGAAAACUUAAAAACUCAGAGUCUAGGUAAUCCCAGACACUCAGCUCUCAGAAAACUCAGAGCAAAGGAAGUCUAACUGAACCCAGGAAAACCCAUGGGACAUCAAAAAUUCUGAGUCCGAGGACUAAAUGUGCAGAGAAGGAAUCAAAAUUCCGGAGUCCAAGGACUUAAUGUGCAACAGUCACGUCUACUACGGAUGUAUGAAGACAGUUUGAGUGAAACCCUAUCUGCCAGUGAGUUGAGUCGAGUUCACGUCCCUGGGAUGGAUCAGGAUUACGAUGACACUGCAGAGUUCUACCGCUACUACUCUCCUCCCUCUUACAACACUCAGGUUUCUGCGGACUGUGUGUUCGAUGUGCCUGACGCAGAGGAAACCCUUAAGCUUUUCCGCAAACCUUUCAAAAUUGUCAACCCCGGAAAUCACAUUACCAAGAGGACCCCUGAAUACUCCAGUAUCAGCUUCAUGCACUGUCGCCACCUCCAGGGCCUCGGAAAGCAGUACAUGAACCUAAGGUCUGUAAUGGAGGAGAGAGCAAGACUUGAAUUCCUCAGGGACUGUUUGUUCAGAAUCAAGAGUGUCACUACAUUUGUCCAUGAUCUGGAAAACUUGGUGCAGGCGGAAUACCGUACAUACUAUGCUAUCAUGCAUAACUGUUUGAUGGACAACCCCUCCAGUAAGAUCUAUUGUCUGAAUGCAUUAUGUGAAGAUCUGAGGACUCAUGUUGGGCAUUGGAAUAACAUUAAACAGUGUUUACACAACAACCGCUGGCUACAGCCCAUCCUGGGCCGGCUCUAUCUGGAUCUGGAGUACGUCCGGAGGGUCCUGUCUCAGCUGUACAGUGACGCCAUCUACUGGAUGGAGAAACUCAUUGUCAUCGGCCUACAGGUGUUUGCUCACGGCAGCAUGGCCACACUGACUCAAGAAAUUGUGUGGAACAUAGCAAGAGGACUGGAAGAUUUCAACAAUGUAGCUAAUGGAUUAUUCAAGAGUAGAUACAUGAGCAUCUCAUAUUUCAUUCUGGAACACUUACAGUCAGAGAUGACAAAUCUGACUUGUAAAUCUGACCCCAGGGUCACAAACCACCCUGGUCAUGUCUCCUUUUCUGUGAAAGCCAUUCCCUUUUCUAAGAUUCUCAACAUAAUUGCUGUUGAACGUGCUAAAUAUGCUGCCAUAGAAACCCACCGAUUUUUCACUGCAAACGAAGACUUCGUUCGGAUCCUCUAUUCUGGAAAAUUACCAAAUUAUGUGUGGAACGAUGAAGUGCAGUAUCCUGGUCACAUAUCCCACCACCUUGAUACGUCGGACUACCACACUGCCAGUGGAAGCAUGACCUCAAUCAGUGGAGCCAUUCUCAAGGUCGGGUCGGUCCGAGCCCCUGAUCUUACCCCCUAUGAACCCCCACUAAACGAGUUUGCUCGUCAUGAAAACGAAUUUGCUGAAAACUUUUUACUUAUUGUGUGCAAUUCAACCAAUCUCCUCAGGAAAGGUGAGAGUAGUUCUAAAAGUAAACAUAAAUCUGGGAAAUCCCCACGAAGUCCUUCCUCAAAGCCCCCCAAAGGGCAGGACACCCCCGUUCUAUCUCGAGCAGACUCGAAAAGGAAGACGGUUUCCUGGGGGGAUAGUGCGGACACCUCAAUCCGGUCACAGCUGACUAAUCGCUACAUGGACGUGCUGUGGAGGUUCUUUGGCUCAGCCCUGGAGCAGUGUUUCUAUGAGCCGCUGUGGGGUUGUCGUAGUAACCAGAUGGUGGGUGAGCUGGGGAGUGUGGUUCUUAGUGGUGCUACCAUGGUGACAGUUGUCAGGAAUAUGAUGGAGCAUGUUUGUCUCAAAGACAUGUUCCCCACCAAUGCUGUCCCCCCUAUCCUGGGCGUGGCCAGGAAACUCCAUGCACAGACAGCUCUGCAGUCCUGGGAUAUAUUGAUGUGUGAGGCCUUGGGCUGUCAAAUGUCAGACAAGUGUUACCCCUGCCUCCUGGCGUCGGGGGACCACAGCACCAAGACCGGGAUGUUACUGAGGGACACCUAUCAGCCAUUGUUUAGCCUCCUACAGGAAAACCUGAAAGAUCUCCCGGAAUCUGCCAAAGAUGGCAGUCUGUUGCUACCCAGACAAGACCUUGACCUCUCCCAGGUGACAGGUAUCAUUUGUCGUCUGCUCGCCAACGGUCAGGUGGCCCACAGCUGGUGCGUCCACAAAUCUCACGGCUUCCUGUCGUCCUGGGCAGUGGGCAGCUUUCUACUGGUCACCCAGACAGACCUCAAGAUCUUGGCUGAUGAAAUGAAGAAAGCAUUGCACAAUGCACAGCUGUUCAGCUCAAAGAACGUCAGUAAAACAAAGCUCUGUGAACAACAGAUGGGUAUAUAUCUCUCAGAGGUCACACGGCUGAUGUCAGAGGUCAACAACCAGCUGCAGUCUCUCUCGGGUGCCGCCAUAAAGGUCUUCUCAGAUAACUGUAGCAAACUCUCGAUGGACUACUUCAGUAGUGAGAUGCCACAGGGAAAAGUCUGGAGGAAAAAAGCAGGUGGAGAUUGUUUAAGUUGCAGGGAAUGGAUUAACCUGCCGGCGGAGCACAGCCUGUACAUUGAGCACGCUCUGGAGACGAUUCUGGAGCCGGUCAUUGAUGGCGUCAGUAAACUGAAGAAAGCCGCCCAGCUCGGAGUCGUGUCGCAGGCAAUCAACGCGUUCUGUGAGGCGUGGAAAAACAACAUCCUCAAACACAAAAUCAAGUUCAGCUAUGUGGGGGCGUAUCAGCUUGGAGUAGAUAUAGGUUACAUGAGGGCAUGGCUGGGGGAAUACGUCACUGACCCUGAGGUCAGACAGGCUGUCCUUGACCUUCAGGUGUUUAAGUAUCUGAGUGGAGCCGUCAUGAUUCUGAAGAAGCAGCCAUUCCGCAGGGGUGGAUCUAAAUUCCGGGAGCCAUGUUCUAUGGAAGAUCUCACCCAUGUUGGUGAUGGUUGCAACGGGCAUGCUGACCUUGAAAACAUCAAAGUGGAACGGAACAUUUCCCGCUCUGUUGAUACGGAUCUUCCACCCCCGAUGGACGAGUCAGACAUAGAGUAUGUAAACAACAUUAACGAGUGGCUGUCCCUGCGUGUACAGGGGGGCUCACGGGCGUGGAAGUUAUCUUGUCUGAAUGCUCCACAGACCAAUGAUUAGUGACUAGUACAAUCGUGGAUGUGGAAAAAUAUCACAAUCAUGGAGGUGGAAAAAGAUCACAAUCAUGGAGGUGGAAAAAUAUCCUAAUCGUGGAGGUGGAAAAAGAUCACAAUCAUAGAGGUGGAAAAAGAUCACAAUUGUGGAGGUGGAAAAAUAUCCUAUUCGUCGAGGUGGAAAAAGAUCACAAUUGUGGAGGUGGAAAAAGAUAACAAUCAUGGAGGUAGAAAAAUAUCCUAAUCGUGGAGGUGGAAAAAGAUCACAAUCAUAGAGGUGGAAAAAGAUCACAAUUGUGGAGGUGGAAAAGGAUCACAAUCGUGGAGGUGGAAAAAGAUCACAAUCAUGGAGAUAGAAAAAGAUCUUUAAUGAAUUCUGCACAGAAUACGUUUACUGGGUAGAUUCAGGCAAGAUCUCGGUCAUGGAAAAAAUACAGAGACAAACGAAUAGAUCUGGUUGUGGGAAAUCCACAGGAAAUGACAAUUAGAAGACUUCAGUGCUUUAAUCAGAUAAAGUGUCCAUAGAGAGAACCAUGAUGACAGUGGAGGUUAUACUGCAAUACCAGACACCCAUCGGGAAUGAUUCCCACAGGGAAAAACACCACAUCCUCUACAAAAGGAGAUAAUUCCAUGUUUGCCAUUGGAUUGACAUACGAUGUAGAAGUAACAAAUCACUCCAUAACAAUUACCAUCCAUUGGGAAUUUUCUCUGUGUCAGUUUUAGGUGUGGAUAGCAUUUAUUUAUUUUUUUUUUAGAAACGCUAUCCAUUAUGUGCUACAUUUGUACCGAAAAGUGCUGAAAGUUUUAACACAGUUUUUCCAACUCAUCUUUUUACAUAUGCAUGGGUGUGUAUCAUGAAAAUUUUUUGUUUAACUUAUAAAACACCUAAUUUUUAGCAUUCAUUUCUUGGUAGAUGUUCAUGGUUUUUAUCCAUUCCUAUUAAUGGACCCACUCAACUUCCCAGGACAAGUUUAUAGUGGUAUGAUACCAUCGAUGUUAGCCAGGGGUUUUUAUUCCACCCUGCCCAUGGGGAGGGAAGUUGAUGAAAAUCAUUUGGCUUAUGAAGAUGCAUGGUACAGACUCUGAUAUAAGUAAAUAGGUCCCUAUGUAUGUUAUGUAUUAGUAGGAUAGCUACAUCAGCAUACAUAAUGGCUGGUACUCUAUCACAGACUUGUAAUGUCUCUCUUGCUGAAUUAAGUCAGAAGUUAUCUUUCCUUGUAUCGUUGUAGCUGAUUCAUAACAUUCAUUUGUUGAUGUAAUGGUCUCUAGUUCUGAUAUUUAUUAGACAUUGUGUAAAUCUGUUACAAUAUAAUUGGUACCUGAAUCACACGUUUCACCACUGCCAGAUGUUUUCUUUCACUAAACUACAUGUACUGGUACACCUGGGUUUACAUUUUGUUUUAGUUUCCAGAUUGAAGCUGGAAGCAUGCGUUGUUUUGUUGGAUUGUAAACAUGUUGUUUAGCUGUUAACAGAUUUUGAGCUUCAAGUCAAUUAUAUUGCAUAACAGCAGUGAUACAGAGUGAGAAUGGACGAAUGUGAGGUUCUACAUGAAUCCAAUCUACGAAACUUGUGAUCCUGUUUGUCAAUGUUGAAAAUCAAAAUCUUUACAAGCCCAGUUCUUGUCAUGAACCAGCUCAGGAAAUAUUGAAGAAUGGCAAACAUUGGUACCUAUAUUUCGUUAAUGUUUCUGCUGACAAGCACAUAGAUAUAUGUCUAGUAGGAGAGGCCGUUUUGCCAAUCACCAUAGGGCAGAAAGCUUCACUGUGUCGUUUUGAUACUUUUAUAUUUGCUAUUGUCUGCAGUUAUCGCAAUUGAACAGCUUUGGCAAUUUGUCAUGACACUAAGUAUGACUUUUGUUGUGCAUUGUGCCAUUUGUUACAAAAGUGAUUGUUGUCCUCGAGUUUUGACUGUUGUACUUGAUGAAGAUAGACUUUCAUUAUUUCUUGGAAUAUUUCUGUCCUGUUACAUGCCGUGUACAGAGUUACUCCCCCUGGGAAUGUGAGCUGUUGUUUAGGUUUGGUUGUUUUAUUGUCAUUUGCUUUAUCCUACCCAUCACUUUUGGUUUCGCUGUGUGUUUUGUUCACACAACGUUCGGUCAUCUUUCAUUAACUACAACUCCUGUUACAUUAUACUCAAGUGACUGUAGAUGCAGGAAAUGUUCUCAAAUCAUUGGGCAUUGAACUCUCAGUCAUCUAGCUUUGAAUCCAUUUGUUAUUUGUUAUAAUACAAUGUAAUUCAUGUAGAUAGUGCUAGUAUUUCUUAUGACUGUUGUUCUUUAAGGUACAUUGUACAGUUAAAGUUUCUAAAAUAGAAAUGAUAAUGAUUUAUGAGUGAAACUUGCAGGAAAUCAGUUGUGCGUUUUUUUUUAUAGGUAUUCAGUCCAUAGAUUAGAGAAUUUUUAAAACAACUGUGAAACUUGUUGACCUUUAUAAAAGAUAACUUAUCAGAAUAUUUUUUUUAACAAGUGAUUUAUGAAUAAUGAAUCCAAAAAACAAGUUGUAUAUGAUAAUAUACUUCUCAAGUAUGUUUACAAUUCCGAUUUAAUAUAAUGGAUUCUGUAUUUUGUGCCUAUUUAAGUUGAAUACCAUUAGAUUAAGCGAAUGAUAUACAAAGUUUGUUCCCCCCACCGAUUGGUAUUUUGUUCUGUGAUAAUCCCAUGUGACAAAAAGAUGAGUUAUGUAUCCUUUGUUAUCGUCACAGUUUACAGGCAAGCUCUGUGGCCUGAUGGCCUCUUUAUAUCUUUAUAUAUUCUAGUCAGUCUUACCGAUUAUUUAUAUUUAUUUAUUAUUUAUUGAUGCGUUUCCAUGUCAGAUACUGUUGCUGAGUGUAAUCUUAAGUCUACACCUGUCAAAAAUAAAUUAUAGGUGCCUGUUUUCUCUCAACCUAUUCCUAGAUGCAUUAGAGGGGCAAUAAUGUUACCCUGUCAAUGUCAAUGAUCUUUAUGGUCAAAAAAUUUAAUAUUUCAAUAUUCUGUUGUAAUUAAGAUAGGUUGAAAUUUAUCUAAUUUAGACAAAGGUGUUUUAGUCGUAAACGAGGGUCUCUCCAAUGUUACUCUGUAUUUGUCUGUGAUAUUUGUUUUGUCUAAAUUAUUUAUUAUUUAUUUUUACACCUAUUUGUUUUUAAUAUUCUGUUUACACAGACUUGGUAUUUUACUCAGCAAUAGAAGAGAAUGAUUGUUAACAUAAGUUAUCUCCCCUGGUUCUCUCCUUCCGUCCUCUAGCUGAAACCAAAUAAAGGAUCUUCUAUCAAGUAA